AGACGUUCGCGUGUGCGUGACGUCAUCCACGGCCUGUUAUCAACUUGGAACUAGCAGCUACCGUGUGCCAUGGACUCAGCCCAGUGAUAUUGACAAUAGAGAGAAAAAGGAAAGUGACCCGGGGGGAGGCCAGAGAGACCCGUUAGGAGCAGAGGUUUAGAGCCACCAGUAUCUCUCCGAAAGACGCCGGCUCCCCCCUCACAACUCACACAACACAGUCCCUCCCUCCUCCUCCCGGUUCGCCGGGAUAUCCUUAGCCAAGGCCGCUUGGGGAAUGUGAAUGAUUUGUGUAUGUGAGAGAGAUCUGAGGGAUAUGUCCUCAGCACCAACCACUCCUCCAUCAGUGGAUAAAGUAGACGGAUUUUCUCGGAAGUCCGUCAGAAAAGCCAGGCAGAAGAGGUCACAAAGCUCUUCCCAGUUCAGAUCUCAGGGCAAGCCAAUAGAGCUAACACCUCUGCCGCUGCUUAAAGACGUCCCAACCUUAGAGCAACCUGAGCUGUUCCUAAAAAAGCUUCAACAGUGCGGUGUCAUUUUUGAUUUCAUGGAUACACUGUCUGAUCUUAAAAUGAAAGAAUACAAGCGCUCUACUCUGAAUGAACUGGUGGAUUACGUAGCAAUAAGCAGAGGAUGCUUGACAGAACAGACUUAUCCUGAAGCAGUUAGAAUGGUAUCCUGCAAUAUAUUUAGAACCCUUCCCCCAAGUGACAGCAAUGAAUUUGAUCCUGAGGAAGAUGAACCCACGCUUGAAGCAUCAUGGCCACACUUACAGCUUAUAUAUGAAUUUUUCAUACGAUUUUUGGAAAGUCAAGAAUUUCAACCCAGUAUUGCCAAAAAGUAUAUAGAUCAAAAAUUUGUAUUACAGCUUUUAGAGCUAUUUGACAGUGAAGACCCUCGUGAAAGGGACUAUUUAAAAACAGUCUUACACAGAAUUUAUGGCAAGUUUCUGGGACUCCGAGCAUUUAUUCGAAAACAGAUUAACAAUAUUUUUCUACGAUUUGUUUAUGAAACUGAACACUUUAAUGGAGUAGCAGAAUUGCUGGAAAUAUUAGGAAGUAUUAUCAAUGGCUUUGCAUUGCCUCUCAAAGCAGAGCAUAAACAGUUUCUUGUUAAGGUGCUGAUACCUCUGCAUACUGUACGGAGCUUAUCCCUCUUCCAUGCACAGCUGGCAUAUUGUAUAGUACAGUUUCUGGAGAAAGAUCCUACACUCACAGAACCAGUCAUUAGAGGGCUGAUGAAAUUUUGGCCGAAAACAUGCAGCCAGAAAGAGGUUAUGUUCCUAGGAGAGUUAGAGGAGAUUCUCGAUGUGAUUGAACCCUCACAAUUUGUUAAAAUUCAGGAACCUUUGUUUAAACAGAUUUCCAAGUGUGUAUCAAGCCCUCACUUCCAGGUGGCCGAACGAGCGCUUUACUAUUGGAACAAUGAAUACAUCAUGAGCCUAAUAGAGGAGAAUUCAAACGUCGUCCUUCCCAUAAUGUUUGCAAGUCUGUACAGGAUUUCCAAAGAACACUGGAAUCCGGCAAUCGUGGCUCUCGUGUACAACGUAUUGAAGGCCUUCAUGGAGAUGAACAGCACAUUAUUCGAUGAGCUGACAGCCACUUACAAGUCAGAUCGCCAGCGUGAGAAGAAGAAGGAAAAGGAAAGAGAAGAACUAUGGAAGAAACUUGAGGACCUGGAAUUAAAGAGAGGUCUUAGGAGUGAUGGAAUUAUCCCAACUUAACAGAGGGACCAUCUUCACCCUUCCCUGUGGAGUCCCAUUUAUGUAGUAGAAGAUGGAGCAACAGUUUCUGUAUUGUGCAACUUUACAGUAGAUCACAUUUGUUUCAUUAUUACAGCGGCACUGUAUAUACUGUAACUGUCUAAAAAGAAAAAUUAUACGGACUUCAAUCCAAAGUUUGGACAGUAGACAAACUCUUCAGAACUUUGCAAGCAUAAUACAUUGUUUUAAACUUUCUUUAAACCUCUGGAUUUCUUGAUAAAAAAACAAAACAAAUUGACAGUUUCGAAUUCCCAUUUUAAGGCACUUGGGUAUGUAUCUAUGGCUUGAAGUAUGUCGGCGUUUCUGAUCAGGCGUUAAAAUUAAUGUCUCUUUCUGCUCAACAGGUUAAAUAUAUUUGUAUAGAAACAAACCCACAAACAUUUAAUAGCUGAGUCCUCUUCUGGAAAAAAAGAAAAAAAACAUUCUCCUUGUUCUCCAUGACUUUCUUUGCACAUCUUCAAGAGCUGAAUGUCUGCAGAACUGUUCCUGGCAAUGGUUUUGUAUGCUGGUGUUUGUUUUUUUGGCAAUGCCAGUGUAGCUCUGGUGCUUUUUUUUUUAAUUGCAGAUUGGGCAUGUAAGAGAAGUGUAUGGAUAGGUGGAGAUGAAUAUAAGAUUGCAUCCCAUGUACAAGUGUAUCUCACUACAGACCACAAGUACCCAACCAGUAUUAGUAUUUGCACCAUCCUUAAGACAUAGGGCAGUUUUAGGAACUCCUAUAUUUUAGCAAUUAUUAUCCUUUGACAUUUUAUUGGAACAUUUUGAAAUAAAGAGUUUUUAAAAAAAAAAAGAAAUAAAAAAAAAAACACUAAACAUUAAGAACAGGAUGAGUCCUUAAGUGGAUAGGAUUGUAUUCAGAGAAGGCAAAAGGAAACGGUUUACACUGUUUGGGGGCAAUGCCUUAUUUUGGAGCAUAAUAAGCUUGAGAACACUCGCAUGUAGGGAGGUUCUGCAGUACCCGUUUAGUGGCUUCCCGUCGACUGGACUCUGCUCCAGCCCAAAUCAGUAGCAUUCAAUAGAGUAGGGCAGGGGUCCCCAACCUUUUCCACCCGUGAGCAAAAUUCAGAUGUAAAAAGAGUUGGGGAGCAACACAAGCAUCAAAAAUGUUCCUGGGUGGUGCCAAAUAAGGGUUGUGAUUGACUAUUGGUAGCCCCUAUGUGGACUGGUAGCCUACAGGAGGCUCUGUUUGGCAGUACAUCUGGUUUUUAUGCAACCAAAACUUGCCUCCAAGCCUGGAAUUAAAAAAUAAGCACCUUCUUUGAGGCCACUGGGAGCAACAUCCAAGGGGUUGGAGAGCAACAUGUUGCUCACGAGCUACUGGUUGGGGAUCACUGGAGUAGGGGAUAGACUGGAGCCUUGCCAAACCACUGGUAAAGUUCGAAGAAAAAACUUUAUUAUAUAAAGUUAACAUUAAAAACAUGAACAGGUAUCCAUCUUGAGACCUUUAAUUAAACCAUGACGUGUCUAGUCACUUGACGCGUUCCAUUCUGAAGUGCCAGAAUGAGGCAUGAAACGCGUCCGGUUUCAUUAACGGUCUCAAGAUGGAUACCUGUUCAUGUUUUUAAUGUUAACUUGGCAAUAAAGUUUUUUCAUUGAACUAUACAAGUGGUUUGGCAGGGCUCCUGUCUAUCUACUACUCUAUUGAAUGCACAUAAUAUGCUGUCACCAAGUAUUCCCACAAAAACAUAGGAAGGUGCGGAGGUAUAGUUUCUGAAAACCCGUAACCUUGUUUCUGUGGCUCUAGAGCUUCUCUCACCUCACAGUGCCAGCCCUCCGGGAAGGGUCCUCCAUCGCACCCGUCUCCAUUCUCACCUGGAUGCACAGUCUUUACUACUGUAUUUAUCACCGAAAGUGGUUCUGCAAAUGCUACUGACCGAAAUCCUGGAAUUCCUGUUGUCCUGAGUAUUAAUAAUAAAGUUUAAAAAUGCUUUUAUAUCAAA